UUGAUCGAAUUCAGCAAUUGCGCCAUGUCUACCGCUGCACAGGCUGCACGUGCUGUUCGCGCCCAGGAAACAGCAAGGCGCUCUGUAUCCAUUGCCGUUUCACCACCGCCAGUCACGUUGACCGAGAGGCGGUCCAUUCUUCAGUUGCUGGAGAAGCAUGGGCCGGUCGAACACUUUAGAGCCAUCCCGGGCAAAGAUGCCUCAUUUGUAUCGUUGAUGAGAGAUGCUGCAGCGGCCACCAAAGUGACUACCAGUAGCCCAUAUAAAGUCAUAGUCCAGACACCGACCAAGUCCACGACACCCGCGAACGAAAAACGCAAGGCCAGUGCUGGAGGGUUUGGAACUCUUCUGAAUGUAAUCGAAAGUCGACAUACGUUCAAGCAAGACAAUCAAGAAGAUGCGGAAAGGGAGUUUACUGUCGAAGUGUCUCCGUCUCCUGACUACCGACAUCAGCUCAGCGCCAAGUCGACAUUGAGCAGACCAUGGCCCGAUUUUAUUAAGGGUCAAAAAUCUUUUAUUUCCGAGACCCUUAACCAAUCGCUCCCCGACUCAUUGGCGACGACGGGACUGAAGCAAUGGACCCCCGAUUUUGGAGCGCAGCCAUCACGAAAUUCCAAUGCUGCCGCGCGAUUUGCACUUCGGAACGGGAUCCCGAGCAAAUUCAGACGCUCUGGCGGGAAAGAGGAGGCGUCUGCAGAGAAUGAUGAGCCAGAAGAUGUCGAACUGGAGGAUGAUAUCGAGCAGCCAACAACAGAAAAAGAAAAGUCUGUCAAACAAGACCCAUAA